ACAUCUUUUGCUCUUAUUUGGUUACCAAAACCUCCUGGACCACCAGGAAAUAUUCCACGAGCAGUAUUAGAUCAUCAAGAUAAAGCAUCAAUUGCAUUUCAAAUUAUUUCAAUUAUUUGUUUCAUAGGAGUUAUUAUUCAUGGUCUUGUUAUGAAAUUUACUAAACCAAACAUGUUUAUUCAAUUAAGAUUAUUAGUUUCAUUGAUAUCAUGUGUAGUUACAAUGAUACUUUUUAUUUUUUAUAUUGCACUUGGUUUAACUGUUUAUUCAAGAUUUUCACAAUCGAAUACGACUGACAAUUCUCCUAAUCGAGGAAGAAGUUUUCAAGAAAAUUCUAAUGAAAUAAAUUUAUUAGAAACUGAACUAAACUCACGAAUUGAUUCUUCAUCUGUAAAUUCAUCUCUAUCUUAUAUUCCAUGUUUACCAAAUGAACAUGGUUUGAUGUUUAUUGUUUAUUUCUUAAUUAUUUUUAUGUUUGGUGUCAAAACUAGUUUUGGUUAUUAUAAUUAUCGUCAUUAUGUUCAAUUAUAUCCUCCACCAUCACUUCGAAAUCUUGCUAUUACUAUUGGUAUAUCUUUUCUUAUUGGUAUAAUAUAUAUGAUUAUUGCAGCUGGUCUUAAUUCUAAUCCAUCAAAUAAUAUUUCUGAGAUAUAUAUAGGUAAACUUUGUUGGUUUAGUCGUAGUGUUAUUCAUUAUUUUUUAACUAUACCAAUAUGUAUAUUUCUUCUAACAAGUAUUAUUCUAAUUAUUUGGGUUGCUAAACAUUUGAUUGUUCAUGCUAACAAAGCUGAAUCAGCUGAAUCUAAAGAUACUCGAAGAAAACAUUGUGUAAUCGUAGUCUUAAUAUCUUGUGUUACUCAAGGUCUUGGUUGGCUUUUUGGUCCAUUGAUAUUGAUUACUGAUCCGAAAGCUGGUGAAGUAUUAGGAUGGCUUUUUGUUAUAUUUAAUGGAUUGGAAGGUGUUUGGAUAAUACUUUUAUAUAUUAUUGCUCGCAAAGAAUAUGUGGAUGAAAGGUCAUGUUUCACCCCGGACAUCCAAAGAACAUUCGGAGAUAUUAGAGAUGAAGCAGCAGAAUGUGAGAUAGAUGAUCUAAAUGCUGACAGAACACAUCCACAAUUGAAAAAUUUAAAAAGUGAUUCACCACGUCAUUCCAAUGCUGGCUUGUCAGAAAUACAGUUACAUUAUCGCGCCUAUCUUGAUGAUAUGAAAAAUGGAUAA